UUCCCCAUCAUGGGACUAAUAAAGGAAUAUAUUAUCUUAGCACAUGAUAGAAUAGCAAGUGUUUUGAUAAGAGUCAUGCUGGUAUUAUAACUAUCACUUCUUUUUCUUCCCCUCUGCAUAGGUAUCAGGGUUAUUGAGUUGCUCAGCACACUGCCCCAGAAAUGUCUGGGCGUUUGUACGCCAGCAUCCUCCAAAGAGCUUCAAGCUACACACUUUCUUCUAGUGCCCAACUCCAGUAUUCCCAUCUGGUAGUAUCUCACCCUUUUCAACUGCGACCAGCCCAGCAUUGUCACUUCUCAUCCUGGGGAACCACCAGAACAGACCAGAGGAGCUGCAGGGCCGAGGAGUCAGGAACUCGAUCUCAAAGUGGGCGACAUCUCUCAACUCGUCAGGAUCUAGACUUCCAACUCGGCCAAGUUCAGAUCAACAGCAUUCUGCGAUCUAAUGAGCAGUCUGUGAGUGUGCCAGAGUUUGAUGGCAGGGGACUCAGUGCUGUGAGAAAGUUUGAGAGCAACCAGCUAGCUGCCAACACUCCUAAUGAGGAUCGUCGUAGUGCAGCCACCUGCCUACAGUCAAAGGGCAUGCUCUUUGGAGUGUUUGACGGACAUGGGGGCUGGGCGUGUGCCCAGGCUGUUAGUGAGCGGUUGCUGUACUACACUGCAAUUGCAAUGAUGCCAAAGCAGAGCCUGGAGGAGCUUGAGAAGUGCAUGGAGCAUGGCAGACCUGUUCCUCCCAUCUUGCAGUGGUACAAACACCAUGCAGACUUUAACUAUCGGGACUCUGCUUCGCUCUACAUUGACCACCUCAGAGUCUUCUGGCAGGAUUUACUGGACAGUGAGGAACAUGACGAAGGCAUGUGUCCUCCGGAUGCCCUGGACCGUGCUUUUAAACGGCUUGAUGCUGAUAUCUCCUUGGAGGCUCAAGUCCCCCAUUCCAAUGACCUGAUGAAAAGCACAGCCAUCCAGGUUGCGUUUGCCGGUUGCACAGCCUGUGUGGCUCAUGUUGGCACGGAUGGGAUCCAUAUGGCCAAUGCUGGCGACUGCCGAGCGGUGCUGGGGGUGCAGGAGGAGGACGGCUCUUGGAGCGCUCUGCCCCUUUCCCAGGAUCACAACUCACUGAACCAGGCUGAGGUGGAGCGGAUCAUAGCCCAGCACCCACCCUCAGAGAGAGACACAGUGAUCACAGAUGACAGACUUCUUGGGGUUUUGAUGCCAUUGCGUGCGUUUGGAGAUGUGAGAUUCAAGUGGAGCCGUGAAUUGCAGCAGAGCAUUUUAAACAGCCUGGAAUCUGGAGUGGACCUCGACUCUCUUAACCUGUAUCAGUACACUCUGCCUAACUAUCAUACUCCACCCUACCUUGACGUGGCACCAGAUAUAACGUAUCACAAGCUGAGACCUAAAGACCGCUUUCUGAUCCUUGGCACUGAUGGGUUGUGGGAUGAAUUAAGGAGUGAGGAUGCUGUACGACUUGUUGGAGAGCACCUUAGUGGGAUUCACCUACAGGCUCCGGUAUCACCAUCUGAGAAGCAGCUCAAACUGGGUCAGAUGCAUGAAGUCUUGCAGAAACGCAGAGCCCGUGCCUCUCCUGUUCGAGACACCAAUGCUGCCACACACCUCAUCAGACAUGCUCUUGGCACAGGGGAGUAUGGAGAACUGUGUCAAGAGAGACUGGCAUCUAUGCUCACUCUGCCAGAGGACCUGGCUCGAAUGUACAGAGACGAUAUCACAGCUACUGUGGUGUAUCUGAACUCUGACCUGGCCAAACCUCACUAUAGCUAACAAAAGUUUAUUCACAAC